AUGGUGAUAUUGCGGGAUAGGGGAGACGUGGCUGGCGGUGGGGGCCAGUGGCGACGCCUCCACAGCCGCCUUGGCUUGCUCCGUUCCGUGCAACCCUCGGGCGGGGCCAUGGGUGGCCACGCUGCUCAGCGGGAUCCUGCUGUGGGCGGCAGGCGGGCUGAGCCGCAGUGCCCCUGCAGGGCGACCGGCACCAAGCCCAGCCUGCCCACGGGUGGUGCUCUGUGCAACCACACUGUCAUGACUGCUGCGGAUAUCCUUGUGCUCGUGUCCAGUGGCAAAGAGAAAGAAACUGGUCAGAAAAUAAACAUCCAAGAAUACUAUCUUGGGAAAAUGAAUAACCCACCGUCAGAACCAUAUCAAAAAGAAAAGGAAAAUCCAAAAGAGAUACCUACAGAAAAUACAGAAGAGCAAAUGACUCCAUACUAUCCUGUAGAAAUGAGAAAUGGCACACCUUGUAGCUUCAGACAAAACCUACCCGGAUCAAGCACAGUGAUGUAUACCUGCCAUCAAGCUAAGCACGAGAUCCUCUCUGUAGCUGAAAUCACAACCUGCGAAUAUGAAGGGAUUAUACUGUCACCUCUGUUAUGCAGCCAUCCUAAAUAUGGGUUCAGGGCUUCCCCUGUGAAUGGCAUUUUUUCCCAGCCACUACCAUGCUUGCCACUUAAACCCCAUAACCUGGAAGAGCUGGAGAAACAGCAAGAAUUGUUGAAGAUGCCUUUUAGAAGAACUAAGGAGGAAGAAAUGCAUUCAACAAAAGAAAAGAAAUCUUCCAGCCAUAAACCGGUAGCUGUUGGAAACUACCAACUAUUGAUUGUGGGAACAACCCGUAUCUCCAAACUGACUGAUGACCAAUUUACAAAGGAGUUUCUCAGUAGUCCCUACUGCUUCCAUGAGGGAGUUGGUUGGUGGAAGUGCAAAUAUGUUACCACGAAGAUAAGGAAAGCAGAUGAGGUCCCACCAAUGCUGCAGCAUUUUGGCAGAAAAGAACCAACCCAACCUAGUAGGAGGUGGCGGACCCAGGGAUGGGCUGCUGAGAAAAGCAGUACCACUGAUAACAUGGGAGUAAGGUUCCAUGUCCUUCCUGUACUGAGGAGACCAGAACUGGACACUGUCGACGCGGGGGUCUCAGACACCAUGGGCACGAUCAAUGUGAUCAAGCAGUGCCAAUUUAUUCAGGGUUCCAAGCGCGCUUAUAUGCAAGGCUCCCCGUACACACGAGCGCUUCUUUACAAUGAUUGGGACAGGGACAACGCGAAGAGGCGGCCAGGAGGGCGGCUUCAUCGGCAGGGCGUCCGAGUCACACGCCGCCUGGAGCUGGUGAAGAGAUUGGACACUGAGCCGUCGCACUGGGGAAGGGUUUUCUCAUGGCGUCUCUGCAGAUCGAAAGCAUGUCCACGUACACAACUGGCGUAUUUCCAUUCCUGCCUUUAG